AUGUUAGAACAAUACGAAGAAGCAGGGCUUUCCCUAUUGCAGAAAGCUUGGUCUUUUAAUAUUUCCAAGCCAAAUAUUCAUUAUGAUUUAUAUCUGAGCCUUCAUAAUGAGUCUAAAGAUUUGGUGUCAACUUUUACGGGUAUAGGAAACACAAAUUCCUAUAAUUCUUUUCUCAGUUCUUUAUCAGACACAGAAAAGCCUUCUCAGCUGCAAAUUGAUUUUUCGCCUCAGCCAAAUACCUCUUGUCCUAUUUUAUCAAUUUUUUCAAUAGACGAAAAAUUACAAAAAGAAUUAGAUUGAACUGAGAAACCAAAUUUUUGCUUGAUUUUCUGGGGAAGCUGGUCAAAUACAUGCAAAAAAUCGUUAGAAGAAAUAGAAGGAAUUUUAGAAAAAAAUAAAGGAGAAUGGGAUGAUAUAGAAAUUAUUGGUAUUUGUCUGGAUGAUAGUGCUGAAAGUGUGCCGAAACUGAAAAAUGUGAAAAAUUAUUGAGCAAAAGGGUUUCAAGCGAUAAGUGACCAAGGUCUUGAAAUCAGCGAAAUUCCUGCGUGUCUUUUUAUUAGAAAUGGGGUUAUCAUUGAAAAAAGAGAUCCUACACAAAGCAGCUUUGAAAAUGAUAUUAAAUUUUUGAGGAUAUAUUAAUAUGGUGGAGGCGAAAAAAUGACUUCUUGGUGUAUUUCUCAACCCCUGCAGGGGAUGCCCGGGUGGAGGAACCAAAUCGAGAAGCAGGUACGGAAUCCUUAAUGUAACAUAAUUAAUAUGGUGGUGGCGACGGAAUAUGUCCUUGACGACACACCACUUUGGGCGCCAAAAUGGCUUUAUAGCCUAAAACAAGUUCAGGGACUUUAAUUCUAACCCUUAGCUUGCUUAGGCAGCCCUAUGGGGUUGGCAUCCUUAGGAGUCAGCUUCUGGCCAUUAAAAUCCAGAUAUUAUUAUCCGAAUGUUUUUGAAUACCAUGCCGUUCGUUUUUUUUCUAGGUGUCAGCCUUUUUCAAGGUGGCUGACAGGACUAAGCUUUGCCUCUAUAGCACCCGCGAUACCUUCAGCACAGAGGGUCUUUCUAACCAGUCGAGGGACGCUGGGCUACCCCUGGCGAACAAGGGUCCAGUUGUCGUAAGCGUGCAGAGGCAUCAAAUCUGAAACACCUCAAGCCCUUUAAUAUUAAUCUAAAUGUGCACGGGCAGAGAUUUUUUCUCUACAACAAUGUAUAAUACCGGGGAUAUGGGGUUUUCUCCUGAAAUGGGAUUGGAAAGGGCACAAUCAGCCAUUGCACCCGUGAUUAGGCAUGAUUAUUACACGAACUAGGGACUCUGGGAAUUUCGCCCGGGUCUCCUCUAAAAGACCAGAGGCCUGGAAAUCAGUCAGUUGGCGGAGUUGGUGACAUCCGGUCUCCUUCGACGACAGAUGAAUUUUUAAAAACGUUAUUUAAUUAAUUUAAUAUUUUUUGAGGAUAUAUUAAUAUGGUGGAGGCGAAAAAAUGACUUCUUGGUGUAUUUCUCAACCCCUGCAGGGGAUGCCCGGGUGGAGGAACCAAAUCGAGAAGCAGGUACGGAAUCCUUAAUGUAACAUAAUUAAUAUGGUGGUGGCGACGGAAUAUGUCCUUGACGACACACCACUUUGGGCGCCAAAAUGGCUUUAUAGCCUAAAACAAGUUCAGGGACUUUAAUUCUAACCCUUAGCUUGCUUAGGCAGCCCUAUGGGGUUGGCAUCCUUAGGAGUCAGCUUCUGGCCAUUAAAAUCCAGAUAUUAUUAUCCGAAUGUUUUUGAAUACCAUGCCGUUCGUUUUUUUCUAGGUGUCAGCCUUUUUCAAGGUGGCUGACAGGACUAAGCUUUGCCUCUAUAGCACCCGCGAUACCUUCAGCACAGAGGGUCUUUCUAACCAGUCGAGGGACGCUGGGCUACCCCUGGCGAACAAGGGUCCAGUUGUCGUAAGCGUGCAGAGGCAUCAAAUCUGAAACACCUCAAGCCCUUUAAUAUUAAUCUAAAUGUGCACGGGCAGAGAUUUUUUCUCUACAACAAUGUAUAAUACCGGGGAUAUGGGGGGUUUUCUCCUGAAAUGGGAUUGGAAAGGGCACAAUCAGCCAUUGCACCCGUGAUUAGGCAUGAUUAUUACACGAACUAGGGACUCUGGGAAUUUCGCCCGGGUCUCCUCUAAAAGACCAGAGGCCUGGAAUCAGUCAGUUGGCGGAGUUGGUGACAUCCGGUCUCCUUCGACGACAGAUGAAUUUUUAAAAACGUUAUUUUAAUUUAAUUUAAUUUUUUGAGGGAGAAAAACCUCUGCAGCUAAUCCCACACGAAGGCUUAGAAAUUAGCUCCUUAUCCAUUAUAGAAGAAAAUGGAGGAAAGUCUAGUCUAAGCUUAGAUUGGUCUGGAUGGUAUUAUUUAGUUCUAUUUUAUGGGUGCUCAGAAUCAGAUUCUUUUAUCAGACAGUUAAGAGAAAUUCGGGACGAGCACGCACAUUGGGAAGAAAAACUAAAAAUUUUUGUUUUUUUUGACGAGCCAAUCGUAUCUAAUGAAAAUUAUUUUGACAUAUUCUGCUUUGAUGAAAAUUCAUUAGAAAUUGUAAGCAAGCCAGGAUUGGUCCUUUUAUUGAACGAAGGAAAAAUACUAUGAAAAGGAAGCACACAUAUAGAAAAUAUUGGCUCAAAGCUAAAAUUCUGGCUUGACCCAGUGCCACAGUUAACAAACUCAGAUUACGAGCUAUCAAAAAAACAAGUAAAAAACUAUAUGGUGUCAUGAAAAGAAAAAUACCCCCACGCUCCAUUUCCAAGCGUGCUGUUUACAUUUUCCAAAGGGAUAUAUUUGUUUCAUUCAACACCAGAAACUCAUUCAGUGACUCUUACAGGGAAAUACUUGCAAAAAUACAAGCAUCCAAUAGAAGAAUUUUUCAAUUAUUUAUCCAGCAUUUUUCCAGGCGCUAAAAAUUAUUCCCGUUAUGAUCCUGCACACCCAGAAAUACAAAAAGGUAUAAGCUGCUCAUUUUGUAAUGAAAAUAUUAUUAAAAAUCAAUUUUUAUGCCUGCUUUGUGAACCAAAAAUUUAUUUAUGCCCAAACUGCGAAAGCCAAGGGCUGCAUGUCCAUCCUUUAUAUAUUUUGACUGAAAAUUCAUCGGAGCUUGACGAAAUCAGAUGAGGGUAUUGCAAUGUCCUUCUCAGUGAAGACCAAGAUGGGGAUUUACACAAAGGCGUUUGCUGUGAUGGCAAAUCCUCAGGCUGCUCUCAAGAAAUAAGAGGCAUAAGGUGAAAAUGUGCCCACUGCCCUGAUUAUGACCUAUGCAGCCCUUGCUUUUCAUCUAAUGACCCUCUCCAUCUAGAAAGCUCAUUAUCAAAAGGCCAUUAUCCCUGGCAUAUUAUGAUGAAAAUUCCUUUAAAAAUUAUUUUAUAA